AAAAAAGUCCAAUUAUUUUCAAAAUUUGCACACCUAAUUUUAUACACACAACACAAGCAUUGAGUAAAAGUACCAGUUAUACGGACGGCUAUACCUCGUUAUCCAGCAAAGCAAAUGGACCUUCACUCUUGUUUUUUCAUGUUUUCUUCUUCUUCCUUCUCGUGAUACCCCUUACAAAAAACACCCACUCUCUAUCUCUCUACACUCUUUUUCUCUCUCCUCACUUUUUUAGUUUCUUCGGUUACUACUAAUACUACUAUAUGGGUUUUCUUCUUCCUCGGAAGAAACCCAGAAAACCCACCCAUUUGUUUUGAUCAGCUUUACAGCUUUUACUCUCUGUUUGUUUUCAAACAAAAUAUUCCCUCUCUUCAAAACCACCCAAAAUGAGGGUGGCCGCGCUAGUGUCAGUGUCCGUACUGGUAGUGUUGAUACUGAGUCAACGAUCCGCUUCUGAGCCGACUCAGGACAAACAAGCUCUCCAAUCAUUCAUCUCACAAGUGCCCCACGCGUCACGGGUUGAUUGGAACUCGUCUGAUUCGGCUUGUAACUGGGUUGGCGUAGAGUGUAACCCGGCCCGAACCCAUGUCCACAGCCUCCGCCUCCCGGCUGCCGGAUUAGUUGGCCCAAUUCCAGAAAAUACCAUCGGACGACUGUCUGAGCUUCGUGUUCUUAGUAUUCAUAAUAACCGACUCACCGGAAAUCUCCCCUCCGACUUCUCCAACCUUACCUUUCUUCGCGCGCUUUACGUCGGGAGGAAUCGAUUCUCCGGCGAGUUCCCGGCGAGUCUGACUCAGCUGACUCGGUUAACUCGACUAGACCUAUCCAGCAAUAGCUUCUCUGGCCCAAUCCCGUUUUCGCUCAACAAUUUAACUUCUAUAAAUGGGUUGUUUUUGCAGAACAAUAAUUUUUCGGGUCAAAUUCCAAGCAUCAAUGCUCAAUUGAUCGAUUUCAAUGUUUCUAAUAAUAAUCUAAAUGGGUCGAUUCCCGCGACACUUUUGAAGUUUCCGGAAUCUUCCUUUUCCGGCAAUCUACAGCUGUGUGGUGGCCCACUUCAGCCGUGUAACUCGUCGUUUUUCCCUUCACCGUCUCCGUCACCGGAGGCGGUAGUUCCUUCUUCCCCUGCUGAGGUCAGCAGCAAGAAGAAGCUGUCAAAGGCAGCAAUUAUUGGCAUCUCAGUGGCAGCAGCGGCAGUCUUUCUAUUACUGUUGUUGUGUUUAGUUUUCUGUUUGAUGCGGCGGAGGAAGAACAGGGGCUCCUCCAAGGCUGCUGCCAUUAAAGGGCCCGCUGCAGGAGUUGUAGGGGCCAGGGCAGUGGGGCUUGGAGGAGGCGGGGCAGGGGAAGCCGGUACCUCGUCUUCAAAAGACGAUCUCACCAGCGGAACCGGCCCUGAAGGCGGAGAGAGAAAUAGGCUAGUGUUCGUCAAUGGCGGCGCCUACAGCUUCGAUCUCGAAGAUCUGCUGCGGGCGUCAGCUGAAGUUCUCGGAAAAGGGAGCGUCGGGACGAGCUACAAGGCGGUGCUCGAGGAAGGGACGACGGUAGUAGUAAAGAGGCUAAAGGAUGUAGUGGGCGGAAAGAAAGAGUUCGAGACACAAAUGGAAGCACUAGGAAAGUGUAAGCAUGAAAAUGUGGUGCCUCUAAGAGCAUUCUAUUUCUCCAAAGAUGAGAAGUUGUUAGUCUAUGAUUACAUGUCCGCCGGUAGCUUGUCUGCUCUCUUGCACGGUAGCAGAGGUGCAGGUCGCACAUCGCUGGACUGGGAUAACCGAAUGAAGAUAGCACUUGGCACUGCUCGAGGUCUUGCUUACCUUCAUGUAUCAAACAACCUCGUCCAUGGCAACAUUAAAUCAUCCAAUGUCCUCUUACACUCCAACCAUGACCCUGCUGUAUCAGAUUUCGGGCUAUCCUCUAUCUUCUCCACCAAUUCUUCCUCCAACAACAACCGCAUUGCUGGAUACCGAGCCCCAGAAGUAGUAGAAACCCGAAAACCAACAUUCAAAUCCGAUGUGUACAGCUUUGGCGUCCUUCUUUUAGAGCUCCUUACAGGUAAAUCCCCGAACCAAGCCUCGUUAGGAGACGAUGGGAUCGAUCUUCCUAGGUGGGUUCAGUCAGUUGUCCGUGAAGAAUGGACCGCUGAGGUUUUUGAUGUUGAGCUUAUGAGAUAUCAUAACAUUGAGGAGGAAAUGGUACAACUCUUGCAAAUUGCAAUGACAUGUGUGUCAAUUGUGCCUGAUCAACGGCCCUCAAUGCCUGAGGCACUCCGAAUGAUUGAAGAUAUGACCCGAAGUGAAAGUAACACAGAUGAUGGCAUCCGACAGUCAUCGGAUGAUCCAUCUAAAGGGUCGGAUGGGCAGACUCCGCCCAAGGAGUCCCGAACACCCCCUUCUUCUGUUACUCCAUAGACCAAAACAAAAGGAAGAUCUCUUUCUUUGAUCAAUUAUUUUACAGAAAUUCGAACAAAAAAGUGCGCAUAGCGCGUAAUUAAGUGUAUAAAUUGCGCCGAAAAUUGUCAACAUGAGGCUAGAUUGAGGAGAACAUUUAGGGUUUUUUUUUUCUCCCAAGAGAUUUGGGGUCAUUGUUACAAUGUGUGGAAUGGUUUUUGAGAGGGACAAUAGAAUGGUGGGAUUUUAUGGUUUGUUUUUAUGUAAAGGGUUGAGGAUUCCAUGAUCUUGUUGGAAUUUGGCUUUUGACCAUUUUAUAAGUUGGUGGAUGUACUCUGAUUGGGGGGACUUUUAAUUUUUAAUCUUUUUUGUAAUUUUUUAAACUUUGUUAGUAAUUUAAUUUUUUUUGAAUUAAUUAGUAUAUUAUCCAGAAUGUUUGUCUUA